UACUAUGGUAGUACAAUUCAAACGCAUAGCACCAGUUCUUUCUAUGAAAGUUGUUUCUCCAUUCACGCUCUAAUAUUGACUACUGUGCGUUACUUGAUCUAUUAUGAUUAAUAAAAAGAACUAGAAACAAGAAGAUCUGUUGUUGUAUGAUUCAACACCGAAAGGAUUAUUAUUAGGAAAGUUAUUCAGUUAUUUAGUGUUCUUGCUUACCUGGUUAGUGAAUCAUUUGCAGAUUUAACAAAUAAUGGGAAAUAUACUUAACCAUAUCCAUGUUAUCAAUCCUAAUGAUGAUGUUAUCAAUCCUGAUACGGGAUUGACAGGAAAACAAAAAAAAAUUAUACAAUCUACUUGGAUUACUAUAAGCAAGGAUUCUGCCACGUCAGGUGCUGCAAUUAUGUUGGCAUUAUUAAAAAAAUAUCCUGAGUAUCAGAAAUUGUUUACCGCAUUUUCCAAUAUUCCCAUCGAUGAUCUUAAAAAUAAUCCCAAGUUUCGUGCACACGGGUCCGGUAUUAUCAAUGCUUUAUCGUCUGCAAUUAAUUCUUUGGAUGAUUCUGAAUUACUGGCAGCUAAAUUGACGAUGUUAGGGGAAAGACAUGCUACUCGUGGACAAACAAAGGAACAGUUUAAUGACUUGAAACCUAUUAUUUUGGAGGUACUGAAGGAAUCACUAGGCUCGAAAUUUACUUCUGAAGUUUCGGAAGCUUGGUCAAAAUUAAUCGAUGGUGCCUAUACGUUCAUCUUUAAGGGAUUCCCCAAGUAAACUUUAAGACGGAAUAAACAAUGCAUUUUAAAGCUACCGUUAGUAGUACGAAAGUAUAUAGGUAAGGUUAUGACUAUUACUUUACAAACCUUUUUGGUUUUAUGAUAUCAGAUAAAAUAUUUCUGAGAUAUUGUGUUCGCCGUUUUUCAGAAUACGUUCUAAGGCAACAGCCGUAUCCCUACCUUUUUAUAAUAUUUUAUAUUUAAAAAAUGUAUUUUAUAACAGCGUACAAAUAAAUCCCUUAAAAUAUGA